AUGGUAUCAGACAUACAAAUAUUAGAUCUUGAGAGUUCGGUUGAACAAAAGAGGAAAGAAAAGGACACAUCAAAAGCUGAGAAUGUACAACUAAAACAAAUAGUGGCACGACUUGAAUCCGAAAAAGAAGAGAUGGUGGAACAGAUUAAUGAGUUGUCUGUUCAUGUCAUAACCCAACAAUAUCAGACUGCUCAUGUACAUAAAGUAUUGCCACACAGUGCUGAAAAUAAAGGAAAGGAAAAAUCUACUGUUAAAAAAAGAGGAGGAGAAGUUGAGGAAACCAAAAGAGACCCAAUGCAAUUGAAGAAAGUUCAAAUGUCAAUGGUUCGAAAGUUGAAAGCAAAAGAGAGGAAAAGGAAAAAGGAUGCAGACUAUGAGUAA